AUGAACGAGAGGGAUAUUCCAAGUGUCCCUAUUACAACAUUAGCAGGAGUAGCCAGUUUGACUGACUUGUUACCAGUGCUUCCAUUACCAACGCCUUUACCAUCAACACUUAACAACAAAUCACAAUUGUUUCAUCCCCGUGUUGCUGAAGAAGCAGCAAUACUGCUAGCAACUCGUGAUGACAACCUAGUGUCUCUGUUGUUACAAUCACUUAUGCAAACAUCAGUACAGCAUAUAGAUUUAAAGGAUGAAAGCAUUCCAAAUGCAGUCAGCCCAUCUCCUCAGCAAACUACACCUGAACUUUUGAAGGCUAUUUUACAUAUGAAUCCAAAUGUAUUUGAUCAACAACAAAGGAACCAUUGGGGCAACCAUCUACAUACAGCAAAAUUCAAUGGAAUGUCACCAUCAUCAACAUAUAAUUAUUCAUCACACAAUACAGUGCAUUCAAGUCCUUCAUCACAUGGAACAGCUGUACACUCGGGUCCCAUACCUAAUCAACAACUCCUAGCUCCUCCCUGCCAAUCCUCUCCUCAUGUUAAUAUGGGCUCACCACCAUCGCAAGCACGGCCAGGGAGCCAAGUUAAUAUAACUGCCCAAAAUAAUGUUUCUCCUCCUUGGAAUAAUUCAAAUCAGUCCAACAUAUAUACAAGUCCUCUAUCUAACACAUCCAAUCCUCAGAAUGGUGGAUAUUACAAUAGUUUAGUACAAGAUAAUAGAAACUUUGGCACUAGUUUAGGUGAGGAUAAAGAUCCUCUGUCAAUGUCACCUAGAAAUAUGAGUGAGCAACAAAAGCAACAUUUACAGUCACAAGAUAAAUCAUAUGAACAAGAUGGCAAUGUGGUAACGGGACAGUCUCCUGCGCAAGCGAGCGUGGCGCCGUCGCCGCUGCGCCAGGAACCGCAAGUGCCUCAGCCGUCGAUGGGCGCGCCUUACGCGCCGCCCGCCCUCGACAAACAGGAUUCCAACAGAAGUACAACCCUUGUGAAUAACAGAUUUCCAGUUGUUAAGCUAGGGCGCCUUUCUGAGGGCUUAUUAAAGAAGCAUGAAUUGCCGAAUGAGGAGAGAAUGAGGAAAAAUAGCACAGUAGAGUCUGAUUCGGACGACAAUCUACCACUGAAGGCGAAGUCGAGCAACUCUACGACUUCUGUGGAUAAAGAUAAAGAAGCUAUAGAUAUAGCUAGAGAAAAGAACUGGGAGGCAGUCAAGCGGAAACACGAGGAGGCUAGCAAAAAGGAAGAGGCAGAAGCUGCUAUUGUUCGGCCCAAGUUACGGAAAGUCGAAAGACGCUUAGUACCUGUUUUGGAAAUGCUAUCAGUUGAUGAAUUGAUGGAAACAAAUACGUAUCAACGUUUCAAUAAAUUAAUCGAAUCCGUUUUUGAAACCAUCGAUGACGAUAUUAUAAUAACGGAAGAAAUGGAGGGUACAGACAUUCCGGAGGACCUGUUGCUGCCGCGCUACCAACUCCAGGAGCUAUGUGCGGAAGCGGCGAAGUUGAAAAAUCUCGGUGCUAUGGAAGCCAUUCCAGCAGAUAGAUUAGUUCGAUUGUUAAAUAUAUUAGAAAAAAAUAUACGGGCUGCCGAAAAAAUGUCUUUAGUUGGAGAUCCGGACGACAGUGAGGAAAUGCGGCAGAUAUGGAUGGAGUCAGCGCUAGAGCGGGUGAUGUGCGCGUCGGACGCGUGCCUCACGGCGCUGUACAUCAUGACGUCGCCCAGCAUGCCCAAGCGAAUUUUUCUCGAAGACGUCAUAGAUAGGAUCAUUAUGUUCAUAAAGUUCCAGCUGAACAACACCAUAUACUGUGUCUACGAUCCAGUCUAUAGUAUUCAGAGCACUUCGAAAAAAAAAGUGGACGGGCGCAAGCGGCGCGGCGGCGGCGCGGCGCACGCCGGCAAGCGCGGCGGCUGCACGCGCGCCGUGCGCGAGCUGUACACGCACGCGCACGAGAGCGUCACGCUGCUGGCCGAGCUGUUCGCCGCGCACCACCUCACCGACACCACCGUGCUGCACGCCUCCACCGUCGGCGUCUCGCCCUUCUUCGUCGAGAACAUCAGCGAGCUACAGCUCUCCGCAUUGAAGCUUGUUACCACGAUAUUUACAAAGUACGAACAGCAUCGGAGGCUUUUGUUAGAGGAUAUUUUAGCAUCAAUAGCCCGAAUACCAAGUUCUAAACACAAUUUACGCUCAUUUCAAUUGAGCUCGGAUCAACAUAUUCAAAUGCUGACGGCACUCGUACUGCAACUAGUACAGUGCGUCGUCACGCUACCUGAAGCUUUGUGUAAAUCACAGGACAAAGACAAGGAGAAAAAGGAACAUAUCGAAUCCGAGAGCAAAAAGCAUGUAGAUAAAGAUCUUUUAAUAAUAUCCAAGUACGAGGCAGCAAUAAGCGUGGGCGGAACAUUUCUGACGUCUUUCCUAAACAAGUGCCGGAGUAGAUCCGAAGAGGUCGACUUCAGGCCCCUGUUCGAGAAUUUCGUUCACGACCUUCUUACUACCGUCAACAAACCAGAAUGGCCCGCUACUGAAUUGCUGCUCAGUUUACUUGGAACAAUGCUGGUGAAGUACAUGUCGGACAAGUCGAUGGAGAUGCCGGUGCGCGUGGCGUCGCUGGAGUACCUCGGGCUGGUGGCGUCGCGGCUGCGGCGCGACAGCGUCACCUCGCGCGCCAAGCUCGCCACCAUGGACGCCGUCGUGCGCGACAUACGCGCUGAGGAGGAGAAGGAUGGCUGCCAGCAACAGUCACUGACGUCAGGAUUAGACGAAGAUGAGGAUAGAACGGAAUUCCUUCAAAGGGUUCUGUUGGACUACCUCGCCAUUAACGGACAAAAGGAUCAAGCAUGGAAUUGUGCGAGGCAUUUCUAUAUAACACAGUGGUACCGGGACAUGGUAGUUCAACCAAAAAAUUCUUCACCCACAAAAAGGCCGAAACAUAAGUCUAAGAAGAAACAUAAGGAGGAAAGCAGCGAGGAGGAAUCUGAUGCUGACGACGACAGUGACAGUGGCAUCAAGGAAUCUAAGAAACAUAUCUCCAGCGCUAUUAUGUCGGCUGAAAAGUUUAAGACUAUGGAACGACGGAAGAAUUUUUUUCUCGAAAAGAUUAGACCGUUCCGGUAUCAAGGUGGGACCCAAGUGCAAGUCAUGCAAUCCUACAUAGACUAUAGUGGGGCAGAGUUAAUAUCUCAGUAUUUAGCCUCAAAGAGAUCGUUUUCUCAGAGCUUCGAUAGGUAUCUAAGGAAAAUUUUAGUUAUAUUAUGUGAGAACACAAUAGCGAUACGCACUAAAGCGAUGAAAUGUUUGACGAUGAUCGUGGAGGCGGACCCGGCGGUGCUGGCGCGCCCCGACAUGCAGAUAGGCGUCAACCGCUCCUUCCUCGACCAGUCCACGGCCGUGCGCGAGGCCGCCGUCGACCUCGUCGGCAAGUUCGUGCUCAGCCGCCCUGAUCUCAUUGACAAGUAUUAUGGAAUGCUCUCAAAUAGAAUAUUGGAUACGGGUGUUUCAGUAAGAAAACGUGUAAUAAAAAUACUAAAGGACAUUUGUAUAGAGUGUCCCGAAUUUCCUAAAAUACCUGAAAUUUGUGUGAAAAUGAUCAGAAGAGUGAAUGACGAGGAGGGUAUUAGGAAAUUGGUGAUGGAAGUGUUUCAAAACAUGUGGUUUAGUCCCUGCCCGAACUCCGCGAGGCACGGCACGCUGGACAUCACCGCGGCGACCGCCGACCCCCUCACGAGGAAAGUCCUCAAUAUCACGGAUGUCGUCGUGUCUUCCAGGGACAUGGGCUUGGAGUGGUUCCAGCAACUGUUGAUGAGUUUAUUUAAGCCGAAAGAAGAUAAAGAUGAUUCCACGAAAAUUAUUUAUCAACCACCCAAAUCUCUAUUGGUAGCUUGCCAACAAAUUGUUGACUGCCUUAUUGAACACUUACUACAGUUGGAAGAAACCAAUACAGACGGUACAGGGUCCUCACAGCGAAUCUUAGCGUGUCUCUCAACGUUACAUUUGUUUGCAAAAAUUCGUCCACAGCUAUUAGUAAAUCAUGCCUUAACAUUGCAACCUUAUUUAAGCUUAAAAUGCCAGAAUCAAUACGAGCAACAAAUAAUGUCGACGGUGGCAUCUACACUGGAGCUGGUGGUGCCGCUGAUGGAGCACCCCAGCGAGGUGUUCCUGGCGCAGUUGGAGGAGGACGCGGUGAAGCUCAUCCUGCAGCGCGGCCAGCUCGUCAUCGCCGCCUGCAUCGCGCUGCUCGCCUCCAUCGUCAACAACCUCACGCACAACUAUAAGCUUAUUCGAGAUGUGUUCAAUAAGUAUCAUGGAGUGCUGCUGCAGUGGAAGCACAGCUGGCAGCGCAACCCCGAGAUGACGCGUGCGGCGCACACGCGCCCGCACUUUCGCAGAGCGCUCUUCAUUGUAGGCCUGUUGUUGAGAUACUUUGAUUUCACCGAUAGUACGGUCAUAGAAGGCUUGGCGAUUGAUAUCAAAGAGCAAGUGUUUGCGACGUUAAUGUUCUUCGUGGGUUUGGAAGAUGAGGAUUUUGUAUCGCACACAUUAAAAGCUUUGGGAUCUGUUUGCGUUCGACACUACGAGUUCAUGUUGCGGCCGGAGCUGAAGGAGUUCUACCAUCAGCUGCUGACCUCGGAGCUGGCGCCUGUUGAGAUGAAGGCAGAUGUUCUUAGAAAUAUUGAGAUGUACUUACAAGAAGAGGAGCAAAGAAUGAUUAGACAAGAUAAGGAAUGGUCGAAGCGGUCCAAGCAUGAGAAUCUAAAGGAGAUGGGCGACGUGUCGUCGGGCAUGGCGUCCACCGUGAUCCAGCUGUACCUGAAGGAGAUCCUGGGCGCGUUCCUGCACUCUAGCACCGUGGUGCGCUCCAGCGCCAUGAAGGUGGUGCAGCUCGUGCUGGCGCAGGGCCUCGUGCAUCCCGUGCAGAUCGUCCCAUACUUAAUAUCUAUGAGUACUGAUGUAGAAGUGACAGUAUCCCAUACGGCCGACAAAAAUCUCCAAGAAAUUGAUAAAAAAUAUCCAGGAUUCAUCCAUAUGAAGGCGCAACUUGGCAUAAAAUUGUCAUAUCAGUUACAAAAAAUUUUACAACAUAGUAAAAAAGGAGUUAUAAGAGGGUUUAGGAAAAAAGAUCAAGAUGAUUUGCCGACUGCACUAAAUGGUUUUUUAUAUUCACUGCUGCGUAACACACGGCCUCAACGGAGAGCCUUGGUUUUGUCUUUACUUAAGCAAUUUGAUGAUGUUUCUACCGCGCCACUGGAUCAAAUGUUGUACCUGGCUGAUAAUUUAAGCUACUUUCCAUAUCAAGCUCAAGAUGAACCUCUUUUUAUAAUUCACCAUAUUGAUAUUAUUAUUUCUACAUCGGGAUCAAAUUUAUUACAGCUUUUUCGUGAGGGUUUAAUAAAAACGGGAAGUGAGGAGAAAGAGUCGCUGGACGAGGAGGAGGACGAGGAGGAGGCGGAGGCGCUGGUGGCGCGGCUGCCGCCGCACACGCGCGCGCUGCGCGAUGCCAUGCGCCAAGCGCGCGGCUGUCUGCUGCUGCUCGUGCUCAAGCAGCACCUCAAGCAGCUGUACGGAUUUACUGACGCAAAAAUCAACCAGUACUCUCCGUCGGAGAGCGUGAAGGUGUACGAGAAGGCGGUAUCGCGGCGACACGCGCCGCAGUUCGACCCCAAGGCCACCAUCGCGCAGCUGCACGACUCCGACGACGAGCUGGAGCUCGACGAACGCGGCCGGCGCCGGCUCGUCGACGACUACCUCGAGUUCAAGCAGCUCAUGCUGAAGUUCGACCCCGAAGAGGAGGAGGACGAAGAAACCCCGGCUGUGGGAGCGGCGAGCGCGGGCGCGGGAGCGGCGGGCGCGGCGGGCGCGGGCGCGGGCGGAGGCGCGGGCGCCACC